AUGGCGACGUUCGCAUCCCGCGAAUUUAAUGAAAAAGAUGAAGAAGAUGAAGUAUCCACAGAUGCUCCUGGUCCAUCUGAAAAAGACGUUCUGGGGAUCGUUAAGACCGGACCGAAAAAAUUGACAACGGGAGAGUCUUCAUCGUUGUUUAAAUUGAAAAACGAGUUACUGAAACGGAAGGAUCGUCUCGAUGGACAACACAGAGUCAAGAAUACUGGAACUCACGUCUCUGGAAAGUCUAAUAUUCUGAGUACCAAAAAAGAGGAGAAAGAACGUCAAACUCGUGAAGCUGAAGUCAGAAAUGUUCGAAUGGCUAAAAACGAACGAAUACUCCGACGAGAAGAGGAUGAAGAGCGACUUCGAUCGGCUCAGCAGAAACUUCGAGAAAAAUCAGAAUUAUACGAAAGAAUGCAAGAAGGAAAAGUAGUUUUGGCGAAUCCAGAUAACACACCUGUGGAUUUUUUAGUAGAUUUUGGUACAAAAAAGAGAAGAAUAGAUGAGGAGAGAGAAGCUGAAAGAGAGCGAUUCAGAGAACAAGAAAUGGCUGCUCCGGUUGGAUUCGGAAGAGCUCCCAUUCCAGAGCAUUAUCAUCACAGUGAAGAACAACGUGUGUUCGGAACAUCUCACAUGCGAUUAUCGCUCAAUGAGAACAAACGGAGAGAAGAUAUUGAAAAACUGUUGGAAAUGUCAAAGAAAACCGAUGAAGAAAAAGAAAAACUAAAAUCAGAGAAGAAGAAGAAAGAUGCAGAACGAAGACAAAGAAUCAACAAUAUGCGAGUGAGGAAUGGAUUAGCGCCUCUACCGUCACCUCCUGCCACUCCACCACCACCAGAGAUUGAUUUGGAUUCAAUUCCGAUGCCUGGACUGAAAGAAACUCCGGAAGAGAGGCACGCUCGUCUCAUGAAGUCUGAUCGUGAAUGGGAUAGAGGGAAAGGAAUGUACACUACCUGGAUUGCGAAAGAACGUGAUGAACGCGACGACGAAUUCAGGCCACCUGAUUCCUACUUUCAAUGA